ACGUUGGUUCCAGCGUGGUUUCAUGGUGGAUCUUGCAUUUCUUGUUACUUUUACAGAAAGGAAGAGUAUUGUGCGUCCAUACGACCGCAGCUAGAGCAGCGUCGCAAUUACAGAAACCCAUCUUUGAAGCAACAGGCCUAAAACAUAAAAUCUAAUUAGCAAACCGCAUCUUUUCUUUUUUUUUUUUUUCUGUAGCCCACGUACGCUAGUUCACUAUGUCAGGAGGAGGCUAGGUGAAAGAAAGAAAAAAAUAUAAAUAACAUCAUCCCCACGCAAAGCACGUUCCUUUUCAAAGCUUCGCAACCGCAUGACUUAUCUCCUCCAUCACACAAAACAAAAGGGGAGGCGUAGAGGGUCGAGACUACAGGUGCGCCUAGACGAACGCCGCCUUUCAUCUUGCGGCUGUUCUUCCUUGGUUCUUAACCGAAAUCUUGCGCAGUUCGAUAAGCACGCUAAUGGGCAUCGGCUGUGGACCACGCUCAGUGCCGGGUAUUCCAACAGUCUCUUUCCGCCGCCAAGUAGACCCCGAAAUAUGACUGCCGACUAACGAGAAAGAAAUACAGGCACUCGUUUGCAUUUGGAUAAGAUAAUAGACGAGAGCUUCGAUUGGUUGCCAGGCUUGCCACGUGGCCGUCUGCGCAACACGAGAGAGUGCAAAGUCAUGGUAGCCGCGGGGCUUCGCAAACAACUUGUAGAAGAGCGACAGGCACCAUGGCGGACGCGCAGUUUUUGGCGGGCGCUGUCGUUGCGCUUGCUGCCGUGCUUGUGUUCCUGCAGCAGUUUUGUCGAAAGUCAAGCUUGAAGAGGUUGCCGCCGGGGCCAUUAAGCUUGCCUAUUAUCGGUUCCUCCUAUAUCGUUGGAAGGUACCCGAGCGCUUGGGACGCGUUUAGCGACCUGCGCCGCCACUACGGCGACGUUUAUUCAAUCAAUCUCGGCUCAAAACGAUGCCUUGUGGUCAGCUCUGUGGACGCUCUUCGUGAAGUCUUGGUCACAAAGGCGACGGAUUUUGGUGACAGGCCGGACUCUCUUCGUUACCACGCGAUAUUCAAGCACAACCGGAAUCUGUCUAUAGCGUUAUGCGACUGGUCUUCGAAGCAACGAACGAGACGGGAGCUUUGUUACCCAGUCAUGCAUCCGAAGCAAGGAUCCGCAGAACAGUCGCGACUGAGUACUUCUAUCGAGACUGAACUGCUAUACCUGACUGCAGAGCUUUCCCGGACCAGUGGCACAGCCAUCAAGCCGCGACAAGCGCUCCUGGUUACCACUGCAAACAUAUUUUACAAAUUUUUCUGCGCCGAGCGCUUCAGUCCUGAUGACUCGAAAUUCUUGCGCAUAGUAGACCUUUACAAUGCAGUAUUUCAUCAACUCUUCCAGGGAUUCGCCAUCGACUUCAUGCCCUGGUUAAAGGUGGUUCAGGACAAACAAUUAUGCCUUCUAAAGGAGAAGUCUAUGGAAAUAUAUCGCUUCACCCUGGCCAUCAUGGACAGACGGGAAAAGGCCAUGGCCAGCAGUGGAAUCGGUGCAGGACUGGAUCAGGCACGCGACCUCAUGGAUGUGUUACUGCUCUCGCUCAAUGAUCCAAGCACCAAAGGCCAGUUGGACAAGGUCGACGUCGCCGUCGUAAUCGAGGACCUCGUCGGGGGCCACUCUGUCAUCGCCAACCUCUGGGUUUGGUGCCUCUACAUUCUGAGCAGUUACCCGGAAGUGCAAUGCAAGAUCAGGGAGGAAACCAGGGCGACAACCUCCUCUGAGAAGCGACGACCCUCCCUUUUGGACCGGAGCCACCUGUGCUACACGGAGGCCACUCUCUACGAGGUGAUCAGGGUUGUAAACUCGCCCAUCAUUCCGCAUGUUUGCACCAACGAUACCACGGUUCAGGGUUUCCACGUGAACCGGGGCACUGUCGUAAUGUUCAACACGAACGACAUCAACUACUCUUCGGACCUCUGGGAGAAGCCCUGGGAUUUCAUCCCUGAAAGGUUUCUCGGCGGGAACGGGUGCGUCUUCAAGCCCGGCCACUUCUUCCCCUUCGGCACCGGCAAGCGCUCCUGUAUGGGUGACGGGCUCGUGCGCGCCACGCUGGUGCUCGGCAUGGCGGCGCUGCUCGCACGCUUCGAGCUCUCGCUGGCCCCAGGACAGGAGCCUGCGCGCUUCGCAGACUUCCGCAGCAAGGUCAUCUUCGACCGCGAUCCGGAAAUCGUCUUCACGGAGGUAGACGCACGCACGCAGUCCCCGUAGCUCUGCGCGUCCGCGCCGCUCGGUUGAGCACACGCAUGGGACCUAUCCCUCAGCUGUUUUACCGUCAUUCCCCUCAUCGUCGUUCGCGCGUCAUUGACGCUUCAACAGGUUCGUCCAGGUUGUUCGUGUACCCCUUACGCGAAGAACAUAGCUUCUCAGCUUUCAUGUAAUUCAAUUGCCGGGCUUUUGGGUACACGUCUGUGGAGACCGGCUAUUUCGGCAUGUCAACUGACAGGAGGCUGGAGUCAUUCGGGUCUCGAGAGGCCUACGUCUCUUACCUUCAGGACGUACGUCACGUCAGUUUCUGCAGUCCUUCGGAACGUGCAUAUCGGUCACCCGCUACAUACGGCCAAAGCGCGGCAAUUCGCGGUGUCCGCGCCGAGAAGCGCGUCGUGUCGCACAAAGUGCAUGAGCCCGAAUUCCGGCGCGGGCCGUCUCGAAGAAGCAGCCUGGACUGCUGUUGGUACUAACCCCAUCAGUAUAUUCACGCUUUUUUGCAGCUGGAGUCGUCUGUCGGGGCAGCGGCUCGGGCAAGAGGGAAGCUCAGGGCUUGGUCCAAGCGCGCAAAGGCAUGUCGACGCUGCUCGUGUGCGGCCGCGUGACGUCGGCGGCGCGAUCGCGCGCAACCGAAACCCGUCCUCAGCGUGGCUUCGUGCUCCCGUGCCACCCGCGGGCGUCGCUGCCCCGGCGAACUCUUUUACACUAAAUCACGUUCAUAAUAUACGUCCAUAUUUUUCAUCGCGUCAUGAAAUCUCGCUGCGACAACUCGCCACUACACUGGGGUCACGCUUAUAAAGUUUAUCGCCCUUCAGCUCACCGUUGUACGCUGGCCAGUCGUAACUCUCGUUAAACUGCUGCCAUCAGCAACCAACGACUGGAUUCCUCUAGCGUCCGCAGAUGCAUUUGAGUCUCCCUGGUCAAGCCGCAGCCCAUCGUCUCUUUAGAAACGCCAGUCACUGUCAGCGUCCUGGUUGGACAACUGUCGGACGUUUCUGUCGUCUACAAAACUAAUCGACUUGAAAUUCAUUAGCGUUUCAAAGUUGCGGUGCAUCUCUGCUCGGUGAGGCAUCGUACUCGCCGCGUCAGCGUCCCCGUUCACCGUCACGUCCAUGUGCCAUGCGCGCCUCGCAACACAUCCUGACCCGACGACUGGAGUGCGGGCGUCCAGCCGCCGCAGCCAGAGGUGCCCGCGUGUGGUGCGGUGAGCGCGUAGCUGCUGCUGGGGUUGGGAACGUGCGCGCGUUUACACACGCGUGUGCCAAGCCGCGGCCGAAACCUUCGAGCGUGCGUUUGCCACUGCGACUCAACGGUCCGAGCUCUGGGCGUUCCUCCUGUCCUGAACCUUUGGAUGCGCGUGCAUGGACGCCAUGACUGGGACUCGCGCCCUCGACCUCCAGGAAUUGUCGCAAUUUCCCAUGCCGAUAUAAUUUUUAAUUUUGCUAAUUUUAACGCCACUUUCUGCAGUUGAACUACUGUUUCUAAUACUGCACAUUCAAUGUUUUAUGCAAUGCUUCCGUACGCUGCUGUACUGCGCACAACUUAGAAUGUUGUUGGAAUAAAGCUGUGCUCACAUUC